AUGAUGACGGUCUCUGGUCCAGCAGACGGCGGCCUCACGCCCUCGCAGCUCGCCGACUUCGAGCGCGACGGCUACCUGAUUGUCCCGGACGCACUGCCCCCUACCACAGUCUCCGCGCUGCUGGCGGAGACGCACUCGCUGCUGGAGGACUUCUCGCUGGAGGACCACCCGAUGACCAAGUUCAGCACGGGCGGCGAGGACGGCGAGGACCACGUGGGCGACGACUACUUCCUGACCAGCGGCGACAAGAUCCGCUUCUUCUUCGAGGAGGACGCCUUCGACGACAGGGGCAACCUGACCAAGCCCAAGGCGCGCGCCAUCAACAAGAUCGGCCACUACCUGCACGCGCUCAGCCCGCGGUUCGCAUCGCUGCUCGGGCCGGCGGGGACGACCAAGGCGUCGGCGCCGGAGGGCAUGAGGGCGCGCCCGGCGGCCGUCGCGCGCUCGCUGGGCUACCGCGACCCGCGAUGCCUUCAGAGCAUGGUCAUAUGCAAGCAGCCGGAGAUCGGCGGCGCCGUGCCCCCGCACCAGGACAGCACCUUCUUGUACACGGACCCGCCGAGCGCCGUGGGCUUCUGGUAUGCGCUCGAGGAUGCGACGCUGGAGAACGGGUGCCUGAGCUUUCUGCCGGGCUCGCACAAGUGGGCGCCCAUCUCCAAGAGGCUGGUCCGCAAGGCGGGCAACACAGGGACAGAGAUGGCGACCAACGAGGGGCCGCGGUUCCCUGUAGGGGAGAGCUAUGGCGAGAAGAAAGACGAGGAGGCAAAGGACGGCGAUUACGUGCCCGGCGAGGUGAAGGCGGGCAGUCUGGUACUUAUCCACGGCAACCUUCUGCACAAGAGCGAGAAGAACCUCAGCCAGAAAGGGCGGAUCAUCUAUACAUUCCAUGUCAUUGAGGGUGAUAGUAACACGUAUGACAAGCGCAACUGGCUCCAGCCGCCACGAGAAGGUUUCACUAGGCUCUACACCUAA